GGGCGGAGCGAGGCGCCGGAGUGCGGAGAGGAGCAACAUGGACCUGAACAGAAACAGAAGCUGAGCCUCAGCGGCUGAAGCGCUUGUUUUAGGGUCUCUGAGACUCAGACAGACCGCGGUAAAGCCUGGCAGCGCUGUGUAACAUGCCCCGCUGCCGGGUGACGGGCUGGUUUUAAGGGUAGUUUUAGUGUAGCGGUGCUGAUAGAGGAGCAGCGGCGGCUCCUCCCGGUUUGUUUACCAGUAGCUGGGUUCGGUUAGACUGGGAGUGUUUAUUGGUCUGAAGCUCGGAGAUGGAGUAUCUCCUGCAGGUUAAAGUGGGAGCGCUGGUCGGGCUGCUGCUCCUCACUCUGCUGUUUGGGUUUAUUCCUGCUCGGAUGAGAUGGUUCAGAGAAACCAGUGGAACAGAAACCCAUCAGAUAGUGCUGAGUUUCAUCAGCUGUUUUGCGGGUGGUGUGUUCCUGGCUGCCUGUCUCCUGGACAUCAUCCCAGACUAUCUGUCUGACAUAAGCGAUCAGCUGCAGGGUCUGGAUGGCGGAUUCCCUGUGGCUGAGUUCAUCAUGGCAUGUGGCUUCUUCACUGUCCUGAUUCUGGAGAGGAUAGUGCUCAGCUGCACUGGCCCCAGGAGUGAGGAAACAUCUCCGCUGCUGGGGCACGGGCAUGGGCAUGCACACGGGCAUCGCUCUGUGAACGACAUGGAGGGCAGUGCCCAUCACGUCCACGUGGACCUGCAGGCCCACUCGUCUUUCCGCUCCUUUAUGCUGUUCCUGUCUCUCUCCCUGCACUCAGUGUUCGAAGGAUUAGCCAUUGGUUUACAAACCACAGAUGCCAAGGUAUUGGAGAUUUGCAUCGCCAUCCUGGUCCACAAGAGCAUCAUCGUCUUCAGUCUGUCGGUGAAGCUGGUCCAGAGUGCGGUCCGGCCCGCCUGGGUGGGCAUCUACAUCACUGUCUUUGCAUUAAUGUCACCGAUUGGCAUCGGGGUGGGCAUCGGAGUCAGUGAAGCUAAGCUCCAUUCAGGGGCUUUAGUGCAGGGCAUUCUGGAAGGCAUGGCAGCCGGUACGUUCAUCUACAUCACCUUCCUGGAGAUCCUGCCUCAUGAGCUCAACUCUCCGGAGAGGCAGCUCCUCAAGGUCCUCUUCAUUUUAGUGGGAUUCUCAGUGAUGGCUGGUCUGUGUUUCCUGGGCUGAGAGAAACUAUUGGCCCACAGAUCCACCAUGUUCACCAUAAAGCUCUUCUGAGGGAACUACACGUGUGUACUGAAUACAUCUGCCUGGGAUCUGGAGGAACAUCAGAAACAAGAAACAAGGAGCAUUUCUAUCAAACUGACAGAAGAGAGACAGAAGUUUAAUUGCGUUAAAUGGCAUUUUAUUAUUGCCAUAGAGUGCCAGAAGACAUUCUGUUUACCUUAAAAUAUAAGUUUUUCUUUUUUUCUUUUUAUCCAAAAAAAUAUUUUAAUCCUAACUGACACAUUUGAUUGACACAUUUCUGACACAAAAUCUUAAGUUAAGUCAACUCUACAUCGACAAACACUGAUAUCCAGGCAAGUAAAGUCAUCUUAAAUAUAUUCAGUAUAGCUACGUAUAUAACAUUUUGAGAUUGUUGUGGGAUUUAUUUAGGUCAUUUUAUCCAUAACAAAUUUCAUGCAAAACAUUCCACCAGAUUAAAUAGAAUUAAAAAAAGGAAAUAUAAAGACUUAAAGAGCCCAUAUCCUAUAUGUCUCUUUUUAUUCUUAUUUUAUAUCCUUUCUUGAUGUUUGAUUAUAUUCUGCUGUGUCUCUCUAUCCAUUGGAAUUUGCCUGUUUUUGUUUUUGGCAUUCUAUCAGCAGCUGGAACCCGAGAGAGGACAAUUGGCCUCUGCCCAUAUCUAGUGUACUCUGGAGCAUUGCAAGUGAUUGGAGGAGUCAUAGUGGCUCAGCUAAAUUGAGGAAAAAUUGGGUAAAAAUAAAAAAAUAUAUAAAUAAAGUCUUUUUUUUACAUCAGACUUUGUACUACAAAAAUACAAAACAGGAUUUUUACAGCAUAUUUUCCAUAUGUGAAGUCCUAAUCGAUGUGGACAGUGUGCCAACUACACAGUGCAGACUUGGGGCGGGGGGAAAGCAAAUAUGCGUAGUAUGUUUAUCACAGGGGCCCUCUAGGAAUAAAACAUCUAAAAUUAUUUUAUUAAUAAUCCCACAACAUUCUCAAAUUCCAGAAUAAGAAAUAUUAGGUAUACCAACUAUAUUUAAGAUGAGAUUAUUUGUCAUUUCUAUAUGUAUUUUUAAUAUAUUUUUGCUUUGAUUACCGUUUUGAGACACUGGGUUUCCAGAGUGGAUAGUACAUUUUGUACACGCAAGAUUUUUUAUACAGAGCAUUUUGAAAAACGUCCAUCUUUAAAACUUUCAAACAUGUCUGUUUAAGGAACCAUGAAUGCUUCUGCUAAUCCUUUUUUUAAGUGUUGUUCAAGGGUUUUUUAUGAAUACUGUGGUCUUUUAAAGACACAAAGAACCAUUUCAGUCCUCAAUGUUCUUGAAAAACAAGGAAAACCUCUGAAGGAACUUUGCUAAUCGGGACCUUUUAACAAGGGGAUUCUGUACAGCAUUAAAAAGCACUGUUGUUUUGAAUCUGAGAUCCCUGUUUGUAGUACUAUGUGGAAUCCUUUUAGCUGAGACAGUAUGGCAUCACUUUUUUAAAUAUAGUCUAAUCCUUGUGUCUUUAAAAUUGUAUUGUACGGCAAUCCUAAAUUCAUUGUUAGCAUUUUUUAAUUUAGUUUUAUUAUGUUGAACUGAUGAUCUAUCAAAGGCUCUAAUUUUGAACAUGAUGUGCAUUUGUUUUUGUUAUGUUUACUAAUUUCAUAUGAUACACUAUGUGGCCAAACAUUUUGGGACACCUGAUUUGUUCAUUGUUCAUCGUCACUGCAAGUCCUGCUUUUGUUGGAGUAACUUUUUCUACUGUUGAGGCAAUGUUUUCUAUUAGAUUAUAUUUAAGGCAUUGCUGUGAAGAUUUGAUUGCUCCCAACUCAUCCCAAAAAAGUAGUGGAUGGAGCAUCAUCAUUCUAGAGAAGAGACAGUUCCAUUGUUCCACACCUCAAUUCUGGGGGAUUAGUAACCCCUCUAACUCAUGCCCUGCUUCCAGAGAGUCUAAUUCUCUAUUAACAGUUCUUCUCUACUGGGUCUUGCAUAUCUGUGUCAGCAUUGGGUGCAACUUAAAGUAUCUGAUUGCAUUCAUUAGAAGGUUUGUACACAAGCAUUUGGAUGUACAGCUCUGAAAAAAAAGAGACCACUUAAAAUAAUGUUUUUCUUUGAUUUUACCAAAUUAAAAACCUCUGGAAUACAAUCAAGAGGAAGAUGGAUGAUCACAAGCCAUCAAACCAAGCUGAACUGCUUGAAUUUUUGCAACAGGAGUGGCAUAAAGUUAUCCAAAAGCAGUGUGUAAGACUGGUGAAGGAGAACAUGCCAAGAUGCAUGGAAAUUGUGAUUAAAAAACAGGAUUAUUCCACCAUAUGUUGAUUUCUGAGGAAAUAAAUGCUCUAAAUUACAAUAUUUUUAUUUGGAAUUUGGGAGAAAUGUCCGUAGUUUAUAGAAUUAAACAACAAUGUUCAUUUUACUCAAACAUAUAGCUAUAAAUAGCAAAAUCAGAGAAACUGAUUCAGAAACUGAAGUGGUCUCAUAAUUGUUUUUCCAGAGCUGUAUAGUUAUGAGCAGCAUUGCAUAUAAAUACACUCUUAAUACACUGUUAAAACACUGAAUAUAUGACUCAGUAUUGUUCAUUGUAUGGAUUGAUUUGAUCUGCAACAGAUUUGUACAUCUAUCUCAUGCAGUUAAAGCAUGUUUACAUUUCAGCAAGAGAGAUAAAUGCACAGGACUGUCGAGGCAUAAACAGACAGUCAUUGUGGAGACUGUGCUGUUAUUCUGAAGCUGAUCGAUAUAGUGCCUUUGAUCAAUGGAGAGCUUGCAUAAAUCUAUGCAUGCUGUCUGCUCAUUCUGACAUACAGACUGAAGUAAUUGGUUGGGAAUUUUUGAAUUUUAUAGACUACACAAUCAAUAAAUUCACUCUGGAGGAAAA